AAACAGCAGAAACAGCUCAAAUUGCGGUGUAAUCACCUGGAAAUAGCAGAGCUGUUAUAAUUCUACCCCCCAGGACCACCAUGGCAAACCGCCCUCCCAACCCGCGACUUGGCUCAAUCAACCCGGUUUUUGACCCAAAGAACAGUGAAAUUCCCGUGACCCCGGCUGUUGACACUACUGGACGUACUUCUUUCUUCCAGACCCAACAGAUCUCUUCCCCUGAAGUGGCCUCGCCUGAAGGUCAAAACGAUGGUGCUGGAGAAGACGUCCUUCGUCGUCUGAGCUUAAGAGGACAUCAACAACCUACUGACCAAGCCGAUACUGACCCAAAGCUUGCCCACCCCAGCUUGAACCUGAGCGGUCAAGUGAUCAGUGCUUUCUUCACGGUACCUUACAAGAUCGGCUAUGCUCAAGGAUCAGACUGGGAUCUUGCGUCUCGUAGAGGUACCUCCGCACUAUUCGAUUCAUUCGCCCAUCUCUCAUCAAACGGAUCUCCAUGGAACCACACGCUUGUUGGCUGGACUGGAGAGAUUCAGCCAAAGACUCGCAACGGGGUUUUCAUGGACGAGAACAAUGUGUCUUCCAUGAACGUCGCACCUCUCAACAAGGCAUCUGCGCCUAUUCCCGUCGAUGCUCAUGUUCCGGCGCCAGAGCCCGGUUCCACCGAAGGCAUGAGAAUCACCAAAGAGGAUCGUCAGAAGCUGGAACGCAUCCUCGACCGCGAUCCUCAGGGCAGAACCUUGCCUGUCUGGUUGCCGGACGAGAUGGACGGCGAUGUGGCAGUCAUGAAGGACCAAGCUAGAUGGCGCCGCUACGCCGAGCACGAGCUGUACACUCUGUUCCACUACAAGCAAAACGAGCCUACCGAUGGUCGUGCUAUCCGCAAAGCUUGGGCUGACUACUUCCGUCUGAACAAGGCCUUCGCGGAUGCCAUCUGCUCGACAUACAAGCCUGGAGACGUUGUGCUCAUUCACGACUACCAUCUGCUCCUACUUCCAGGACUUCUCCGUCAGCGCAUCCCGAACAUCUACAUCGGUUUCUACCUUCACGUACCUUUCCCCAGUAGUGAGUUCUACCGUUGCUUGAGCAGAAGAAAGGAUAUUCUGGAGGGUGUCCUCGGCGCCAACAUGAUUGGUUUCCAAGCUUUCAGCUACUCGCGUCACUUCUCAUCGUGCUGCACCAGAGUGCUCGGAUUCGAUUCUUCGGCCAACGGGGUCGAUGCUUACGGAGCUCAUGUAGCUGUGGAAGUACUCCCUAUUGGUAUCAACGCCGCUAAGACUCAUGAGAUGGCUUUCAAUGAUGCUGCUGUUGAUGAGAAGAUUGCCGGUAUCAGAGAACUGUAUGCUGGCAAGAAGAUCAUUGUUGGUCGUGAUCGUUUGGACUCUGUUCGUGGUGUUGCACAAAAGCUGCAAGCAUACGAAAUCUUCUUGGAGCGUCACCCCGAGUGGCAUGACAAGGUUGUGUUGAUCCAGGUAACCAGCCCGACCAGUGUGGAGGACAAGGAAGAAGGCACGGAUAGGACCGCGAAUAAGAUUUCCGACCUGGUUGCCAGAAUCAACGGCACCUACGGAUCUCUAAGCUUCACCCCAGUUCAGCAUUACCCUCAGUACUUGUCAAGAGAGGAAUACUUUGCGCUCCUUCGUAUUGCUGACGUCGGACUGAUCACCAGUGUUCGUGACGGAAUGAACACUACUGCUCUCGAGUAUGUCAUUUGCCAAAAGGACAACCAUGGUCCUUUGAUCAUCUCGGAAUUCUCGGGAACUGCUGGCAGCUUAGGCAAUGCUACACACAUCAACCCCUGGGACCUUGGAGGCACAGCAGACGAGAUUCAUCACGCCUUGGUCAUGGACCCCAAGCAAAAGUACGAGAUGCACAAGAAGUUGUACAGAAAUGUCACAACCAACACUGUGCAGACAUGGACGAGCAACUACGUCAAGCGUCUGCUCACCAACCUCACGUCGUUCAACCAAGCAUUCGUGACCCCAGUCUUGGAUAAGACCAAACUGCUCAGCCAAUACCGCCAGUCUGAGAAGCGCUUGUUCAUGUUUGACUAUGACGGAACAUUGACGCCCAUCGUCAAGGAUCCCCAGGCCGCCAUUCCUUCCGACCGCGUUAUUCGUACCCUCAAGACACUGGCUUCGGAUCCCCGCAAUGCUGUCUGGAUCAUCAGUGGCCGUGAUCAGGCGUUCCUGGAUGAGUGGAUGGGUCACAUCACGGAGCUCGGACUCAGUGCUGAGCACGGCAGCUUCCUCCGCAAGCCCAAGAGCGAUACUUGGGAGAACUUGACCGAAAAGGAGGACAUGUCUUGGCAACAGAAGGUCAUUGACACUUUCCAGCACUACACUGAACGUACCCAGGGCAGUUUCAUCGAGCGCAAAAAGAUUGCUUUGACCUGGCACUACCGCCGCGCAGACCCUGACUGGGGAGUGCACCAGGCUCGUGAAUGCCGUAAGCAGUUGGAGAACACUGUUGCCAAGGAGUACGACGUCGAGGUUAUGCCAGGCAAAGCCAACCUGGAGGUCCGCCCCAAGUUCGUCAACAAGGGAGAGAUUGCCAAACGUCUGGUUGAGGAGUACGGGCAUGAGAAGGGCAUGGCACCAGAGUUCGUUUUGUGUUUGGGAGACGACUUCACCGAUGAAGACAUGUUCAGAUCACUCAGCAACUCCAAACUCCCCAAGGAGCACGUCUUCUCAGUGACAGUUGGCGCAAGCUCGAAACAGACUCUGGCUAGCUGGCACUUGCUCGAACCGAUGGAUGUCAUCUCAGCUGUUGCCAUGCUCAACGGCAAUGUCGAUGCACCCAAUGUCGGGCCUGCCUCAGUGGUAGAGGGCAGUGUUCCCGAAACACGCAGCGGAUAGAUGUGAAUGAAGAGCUAGAAGGAUUUCUCUUGGUACACUCGGCGUAGAGGUAGAGCUUCAUAGGCAUGGGAAGGAUGGCUUUCACGGGCGAGGUAAAUGCAAGACAUGGCAAUCGUUGUAACUUUCAGGCAUUAGUAUUUUCGUAGAGAAAGCGCCAUUAUUCACAAUGGA